AUUUGCACGCAGCGCUUUAUUUGAUAUUACACGCGAUAAUGGGCAGAAAUAAAAAGAAACAAAGUCAAACUAUUCCUUUAAUUCCUACUUCACAAAACAAAAGAGCAAGACGCAAGAAAGCCAAGAAGCUUAAAAAGAACUUGGAAGGAACAAAUGCAAUCAUAUCCAACAUGCCUUCUAUAAAAGUCAAUGAGAGUAAAAAAAGUAAAAAGCGAAGAUUUUUAAAAGAACAACAACAACAGAAAGCUUCUGUUUUAACAAAUUCCAAUGUGAAAAUAACAAACAAAAAACGAGCCGGGUUUGGUGAAGCAUCCAGUGAGAGUGAUUCUGAGCCUAUUGAAGCUGACUGGGGGAGUGCAAACGACCAUUCAGAUAACGAUGAUGAACAAUGGCAAAGUGAAGAAAAUGUCACAAGAUCAUUCACUAAUUCCAAUGAUGAUGAACAAAGUGAUUCGGGGUCUUCAGACAAUGACCUUGAGGAAUCUGAAGAAGAUGAAGAUGAAGAGUUAAGCGAAAAUGAGCUGAAUACUCUGAUACAAUCUCAGAAGAAACCAAUGACUAAGGAUACUUCAAAACAAAAAAUCAGUGGUCCGAAAAAGAAACCUCUAAAACGAACUCGUGGUAUGUUUUAUCCACAUUUCGACUGUCGAAUAUUCAAUCUCGAACUGGAAUAAGAUAGAAACCUAUCCGUUACUAAUGUAACUCGAAUAACUCGUUUUAUUUGGAACACCUCAGUAGUGUUCAUGUAUUCACUGGUCGAUUCCAAUACUCUCAGUUUUCAGGAUGUGCACGUUAUGCUUGAAUACUUGAGUAUUUUCCAAAGAUCUGCAAUUUUCCUACGUCGCUUUGUCUUAGUUGACUUCAUUGUUGCUGAUCGUUUGUUAAGUAUCUGAAGUAAAUUGAUUCAGUAAACAGUUGCUCAGUACUAGUUAUUGAAUUUUGUCAAAUUUUAUUUAUAGAGCUCCACUCAUUAUACAAUAAACAAAGUUCGCUAUACAAUAUUAGUUUACUAAAUACAGUUUUAAAGUAGAUUCAACUUGCAUCAAUUGAAUCAACACCCAUAGUAAAUCCAAAUAUCUGUUCACUAUUCCCUUACUUUAAAGGGUUCUUCAAAUAUUGUUGUUUUCAAACUAUAUGCAAGAUAAGACCACCUAUUCCAACUGACAUUGGUUCUGGAGUAGGCUGGAACACAUUUGGGGUCAGCUAGACCAAAACGUAACAUUAGUUUUUUAAUUCCCUCAAGACUGUCGAUCCGGGCCAAAUUCGUGGAUACUGGCCGCCUGGUCGCGAUCUGCGGUCGGAGACAUUAGGUAACUUGUAUUUUACACCGAGCCGUAGUUCUCGCUUCAAGCAUUGAUAAAUUUACAACAUGUGUAGUACGUGUAGCUAAUUUGUAUUGAAUGCAUAAAAAAUUCAUACCGCUUAAAGUGCCUUCAGUGCGGUUCCACUUUUGUCUUCUAAACUAAUGCAAUGUACUUUUAAGGCAGAGAUGAAUGAUUGCUAAUAGUAGAAUCCUGGACGCGCCUUUCGUUCUGUUUGGUAUUCGCCAGCUAGAUGUACCUGCACUCUGUAACUCGAACCCAGUACCGUUUGCUUCUAACGGCGUCUCAUUGUCUACUUAGCUACGGAGUUCAGAUAGCCACUGGGUUAUGCAACAGAGUAAAUUUUAGUUCACGUUCGUUGGUUAUUUGAAUCUUCCAGUGGUUAUCUGGACUCAGUAGCUAAGUGGGUAAUGGGACGGUGCUGGGUUCGAGUUCCAGAUGGAACGAAGCGCGCGUUCUGAAAUCCACCGCCAGUCACCAUUCAUCUUCACCUAAAAUGUUUGUGACUUACUGGCAAUAUCAAGACAAUCCGCACAGGACCCACAUAUACUAAAAGUGACGGAUCAAUUGUAGUCCUAAACAUCAACGGGAAAAUCCAAGCAACCAAUAUUUAUAAUGAAUAUACUUCACAUAUUUCGCCCGUUUAUUCAAUUAAACUUACCGUCGGCUUAUUGUCUUUUUAGAAUCUGUUGAAAACACUCCAACGUCCGCAAAGAAAAUGAAAACAGUUGGAGAGUCAAAGCAAUCAAUCGUAAAACCUCUUGAUAAAGGUGAUGAUCAUCAAGUGUCUGUGUCAUAUAGUUGGAAAAAUGAAUCUAUUAUAAUUGAGGAAAUCAAAAAACGUGCAAUUGAACUUUCAUCUGCUACGUUGCAUGUGAGUCCAUUACCACCGGAUCAUAACGAGUCUAUGCUGAAAUCAUUGUCACCGAGUAUGAUGUCAUAUCGAUUUUCAAUAAGGAAAAAUAAAAGGAUUCGAGACUUUGUGUUUCUUCAAUACGUUGAUGCGGAUACAGCUGAAGCUGCAAGAAAAUCUAUAUCUGGUCGUCUAUUUGCCGGUAAAACAAUCUCUGCUCAACCUAAUCGUUUGUCAUUUCCUAUCAGUGAUUUAAAGUUGGAUAAUAUUAAUCGAACACAACUUUUUGUGACUGGUUUCAAUAGUUCAACAACUAGAAAUGAUUUAAUACAUAUAUUUCCAAAAGGCACUGUUGAUUUUCCAUUGACCAUAGAUGGAAUGACAUGCGGUUAUGCAGUUAUCAAAUUUGUCAAUGAAGAUGUAUCACUUGAGGCGUUUUCCACAACACAUAAACGACUUGUUCGUGGUCUACCAAUAUUUGUCAAUUUUAUAUUUUCUCGUUCUAAAGUAAUAGAUCAGAAACAAAAUAAUGAUGAAAAUCAAUUAAAGGCUAACAAAUCUAAAAAUGAUCAAUCAUUGGAAAAAAUGAAAGAGAAACAAUUGAAUAAACCAUCAUCAUCAUCAUUGGAAAAGACUUCUAACAUAGUAAUUCAGAAAACAACAGUGAAUACAAAAGAUAUUGGUAAUAAAGAGAAGGGUAGUAAUACAAAAGUUUUAGUCCAACAAUUACCUGAAUCUGAAAAUGAUUUCAAAUCAUCAGCUAGUGAUGAAUCAAAUGAUGAAAGUAAAACCGAUGAAUUAUUUGUUCAUCAAACCAAAAAUAAAAAUUCAACCACUAGUAAAACAUCUGUACUAAAUGAUCUUGUAUCAUCGAAAAUGUUGAAAGUGUCCCCCAAAAAGAAAUCCAAAUCUGAAAUGAGUAAACUAGAUGAUGAUGAGGAUGAUAGUGAUGGUCAAGAUGAUGAUGAUGAUGAUGACGACGACGACGAUGAUGAUGAAGACAAUGAAGAUUUAGACGAUGAAGAUGAAAUUAGCGAGUAUGAUGAGGAUGACAGCGGUACUGAGGAAGAGGACGAUGAUGAAGAUGUAGAUGAUGAUGACGAGGAUGAGGAAGAUCUAGGCGAUACAGAUAGUGAUGAUGCGUCUGAAGAUAGCGAUGAGGUGGUUAAAAACGAUUCCAAGCAGAAAAACACAGUUAAUAACAAGAAUAAACCUUCACCUUUAAAAAAUAAUAGCCAAAUCAUUUCCGUUGACGAAGAACAAGCCUCAUCAGCUGAUGGUAAUAAUAGUUCCGAUGAGGAAAUUGACAAACAAUUGAUGACAGUUAUUCAAGCUAAGCGUAAUGCUAAAAAAUCAUUCAAGUCACCUAAGAAUGCUAAGCGUAAUUUGGACUCAGCAAAGCACUCUGGAAAAAAAUCUCAACCUCAAUGGCUUCGUGUACCUGAAACUAUGAAGGGCAAGAAGAAAUAGAUAAAAACUAAUUAUGAACGGUCAAAUAUACUGUAUAUAUAGAUUCAUAUAAUGAAUAAAAAUUAUUAUAUUUGGU